GGGGCGAUAAAGUCUCCUGGGAGGGGCAGACCGAGGCUGACUGGCUGGGGGCUCACAGCGGAGCUCAGAGGAGCAGCGUCGCAGGAGAACAGACCAAGAGCAGCGUCCUUAGGAGAAAAUGGCGGAGAUAGAAGCUGUGCAGCUGAAGGAGGAAGGGAACAGGCACUUCCAGCUCCAGGACUACAAGGCCGCGACCAAGAGCUACAGCCAGGCCCUGAAGCUGACCAAGGACAAGGCCCUGCUGGCCACGCUCUAUCGGAACAGGGCGGCCUGUGGCCUGAAAACGGAGAGCUAUGCUCAGGCGGCUUCAGAUGCCUCCAGAGCCAUUGACAUCAACUCCUCGGACAUCAAGGCCCUGUACCGGCGAUGCCAGGCACUGGAGCACCUGGGGAAGCUGGACCAGGCCUUCAAGGACGUGCAGCGCUGUGCCACCCUUGAGCCACGGAACCAGAACUUCCAGGAGACACUGAGGAGGCUCAAUACUAGCAUUCAGGAGAAGCUGCGCGUGCAGUUCUCCACAGACUCGAGGGUACAGAAUAUGUUUGAGAUCCUCCUGGACGAAAAGAGUGAAGCUGAUAGGCUGGAGAAGGCUGCCAACAACCUCAUUGUACUGGGUCGUGAAGAAGCAGGAGCUGAAAGGAUCUUCCAGAACAAUGGAGUGGCCCUGCUUCUGCAGCUCAUUGACACGAAGAGGCCUGAGCUGGUGCUGGCUGCAGUGCGGACCCUGUCGGGCAUGUGCAGUGGCCACCGAGCUAGGGCCACGGUGCUGCUCCACGCAGUCCGGAUAGACCGAAUCUGCAGCCUCAUGGCGGUGGAGAAUGAGGAGAUGUCCCUGGCCGUCUGCAACCUGCUCCAGGCCAUCAUCGACUCUCUGUCUGGGGAGGACAAGCGGGAGCAUCCAGGGAAGGAGGAGGCCCUGGUUCUAGACACCAAGAAGGACCUGAAGCAGAUCACCAGUCACCUGCUCGACAUGCUGGUCAGUAAGAAGGUGUCCGGCCAGGGCAGGGACCAGGCCCUGAACCUGCUCAAUAAGAACGUCCCCCGGAAGGACCUCUCCGUUCACGACAACUCACGCACCAUCUACGUGGUGGACAACGGCCUCAGGAAGAUCCUGAAGGUGGUGGGGCAGGUUCCAGAUCUGCCGUCCUGCCUGCCCCUGACCGACAACACCCGCAUGCUGGCCUCUAUCCUCAUCAACAAGCUCUAUGACGACCUGCGCUGCGACCCAGAACGCGAUCACUUCCGCAAGAUCUGUGAGGAGUACAUCACGGGCAAGUUUGACCCCCAGAACAUGGACAAGAAUGUGAUUGCCAUCCAGACAGUGUCGGGAGUCCUGCAAGGCCCCUUUGACCUGGGCAAUCAGCUGCUGGGGCUGAAAGGAGUGAUGGAGAUGAUGGUGGCGCUGUGUGGCUCGGAUCGUGAGGUAGACCAGCUGGUGGCCGUGGAGGCCCUCAUCCAUGCCUCCACCAAGCUCAGCCGCGCCACCUUCAUCAUCACCAAUGGCGUGUCGCUGCUCAAACAGAUCUACAAGACCACCAAAAACGAGAAGAUCAAGAUCCGCACUCUGGUGGGACUCUGUAAGCUCGGCUCUGCAGGUGGCACAGACUACGGUCUCAGGCAGUUUGCUGAAGGGUCCACGGAGAAGCUGGCCAAACAGUGUCGCAAGUGGCUGUGCAAUGCGUCCAUAGACACCCGGACCCGGCGAUGGGCAGUGGAGGGAAUGGCCUACCUGACGCUGGAUGCUGAUGUGAAGGAUGACUUUGUCCAGGACAUCCCUGCCCUGCAGGCCAUGUUUGAGAUGGCCAAGACCUCUGACAAGACCAUCCUGUACUCGGUGGCCACCAUCCUGGUGAACUGCACCAACAGCUACGAUGUCAAGGAGGUCAUCCCGGAGCUCGUACAGCUCGCCAAGUUCUCCAAGCAGCACGUGCCCGAGGAGCACCCCAAGGACAAGAAGGACUUCGUAGACAUGCGGGUGAAGCGGCUCCUGAAGGCUGGCGUCAUCUCGGCGCUGGCCUGCAUGGUGAAAGCAGACAGUGCCAUCCUCACCGACCAAACCAAAGAGCUGCUGGCCAGGGUGUUCCUGGCACUGUGUGACAACCCGAAGGACCGAGGCACCAUUGUGGCUCAAGGUGGUGGCAAGGCCCUGGUCCCCCUGGCUUUGGAGGGCACGGACGUGGGCAAGGUGAAGGCAGCCCAUGCCCUGGCAAAGAUCGCUGCUGUCUCCAACCCGGACAUCGCCUUCCCCGGGGAGCGGGUAUAUGAGGUAGUGCGGCCCCUUGUGAAACUCCUGGACACACAGAGGGACGGGCUGCAGAACUACGAGGCCCUCCUCGGCCUCACCAACCUGUCUGGGCGGAGCGACAAACUGCGGCAGAAGAUCUUUAAGGAGAGGGCCUUGCCAGACAUCGAGAACUACAUGUUUGAGAAUCACGACCAGCUCCGGCAGGCGGCCACCGAGUGCAUGUGCAACAUGGUGUUGAACAAGGAGGUACAGGAGAGGUUCCUGGCGGAUGGGAAUGACCGGCUGAAGCUGGUGGUACUGCUCUGCGGGGAGGAUGAUGACAAGUUGCAGAAUGCAGCCGCAGGGGCCCUGGCCAUGCUGACAGCAGCGCACAAGAAACUGUGCCUCAAGAUGACCCAAGUGACAACUCAGUGGUUGGAGAUCCUACAACGGCUUUGCCUGCAUGACCAGCUGUCUGUCCAACACCGGGGCCUGGUCAUUGCCUACAACCUGCUGCAGGCUGAUGCUGAGCUGGCCAAGAAGCUGGUGGAGAGUGAGCUGCUGGAGAUCCUGACUGUGGUGGGCAAACAGGAACCGGACGAGAAGAGGGCAGCGGUGAUUCAGACAGCCCGGGAAUGUCUCAUCAAAUGCAUGGAUUAUGGCUUCAUUAAGCCAGUGUCUUAGCCAGGAGCCCACCAGGGAUGCUGGGGCUGAUCCUAUAUUGUGCAGAGUCCUGAGCAGGGAAUUCUUGGAAUGUCAGUUCAUCUAGGGAUCAUGGUAGUGACAAUGAAGUCUCCAUGUGAAAAAAUACUUGGUUGUUCCCUGAGUUGUAAAUCUUCUCCUUCGCCCAAAGUGUGUCUGUUCCAUUGGCUCUCUUGCUCCCUGUCUCCCUGUAUCUGUCGUGUUAUAGAAAUUCCUAGAAUAAUUUUUAUCUGUAAUUUGGAAGACAGGUUGGAUAAUUCUUUCUGUACCCAUUCCAAAGGCCAGGAUAAUGGGCUGAAGUUCUUUAUGUUUUGAAAAAGGAGUUGUGUGGUAAGGUAGGGCCUUAUAGGUGUGUGAAUAUAAAGGUUAGUGCUAUUGUAUCUGGAUGUUGAUCUGUGCUGCUUUUCUUCCUCUCUCUCCCAUACUGUUUGAAUAAAGCUGCCUAGAAUUGUA